ACUUAAAAUCAUGCGUUCCAGUGCCUACUAUAUUGCUGAUUACAUAAAAUACUGAAUGAUAGUUAUACCGAAAUGUUUUCCCUCACUACCACCUCGCUGUUAUUUUGAAAUUAAAAUAUUAGUGGAUGUUAUGUUGUAAUGGCCUAGUGUAACCUGUGAUAUUCUGCCUUACAGUUAAACUCGGCAACUUCCUAACAUAAUUUUUUAGGUGGACAUCCUGAUGACAUCUGAAACAGCUGAACAAAAAAUUACUCAUGCUUUACAAAUAGUGACUGGGAAUGUGGAAAAAUACUUCACACAACUUGUUGAGGAUAUAUGCUGCUGUGUAAUAACGAGGGAAGCAGUUUGGUUUGAAGAUACUAUCAAAAAAGUCAUACCUAAUUUUGAAAAGAGUACAUCUGAUGGAAUUGCAGAGAUUCUUUCUCAGUAUAACGUAAAUAACAAAGCUCUUUUAUUGGCCGAAGCUAAUGAAACAUUAAAACGCUCUGAAUCAUGGCGACCUUCUGGAGAUCCGGAAAAAGAUAUUCGAGCUCAUCUUCUCCCUCUCAACAAAUCUUUUCUGGCAAGUCUGACUCCUAUUUCCCGGAAGUUGCGCAGAAAAACGAGAAGACGUUUCGCCAAAUUGAAAAGGCUGCGUUGUACCCUGCAUGAUGAAAUAACUGAAUUUCAAUCGAUUGCAGAAAAAUUACAAAAAUUAACACUGGCUAUGGAAGAAGCUCCACCGCAUCUCCCCCCAAUUGACACCGUCUCCCUGACACCCUCACCUGACACUGAAAAUGAUGAGAAUGAGAAAAAUAUAUAAUCCGUAUUGUGGUAAUAAAACUUACCAUUGUCUCGUCGUUGAAUUUUGAAUUUGUUGACUGACAGGUUAGAUAAAA